CAUUUCCUGUUUCUUAAAUGAGAGCACAAGGAUGGUGAAGUAAGAGAGAGAGAUCAAAACGAUGGUGAGAGCAAUUAUUCAUGUAAAGUGAACUUUUAAUCUAAUUUAUUCCUGCAGAGUUGCCCAGCAGGGCAUUUUAGGUGGUAAGAAGUUUGGUUUGUUGAGCUGUGUAUCUCAGUAUCCACUGGCACAGUUCCUAUUUUUUAACUACUAUUCUUCACAUGGGUUCAUAAAAUCUCAUUUGCACCUCUUGGCUCUCUCUCUCUCUCUCUCUCUCUCUCUCUCUCUGUUUCCCGGUGUAUUUUUUCUUAGGAGAGAUGUGGGAUUAUUCUGAGAAAUCAUGAAUUCCCAAAGGAUUAGCCUUCAUUUAUGGUGGACAAUUCUUGCACUCAUUCUUUUACUUCUUGUAGUCCAAUCUUUUGGGCUCAACACAGAUGGUAUUCUCUUGCUUUCUUUCAAGUUCUCUAUUAUCGGUGACCCUCUCCGUGUUCUCAAGAGCUGGAACUACUUCGAUGAGACUCCGUGUUCCUGGAAUGGAGUUACAUGUGGAGCUCCGGGAAUAGAUGCUUCUUUCAAUCGUGUCACUGGUUUGUCUCUCCCAAAUUCUCAGCUUCUUGGUUCAAUCCCUUCCGAUCUUGGUAUGAUACAACACCUCCAAAAUCUUGAUCUGUCCAACAAUUCUCUCAAUGGGUCUUUGCCUUUUUCCCUUUUCAACGCAUCCCAACUUCGCUCUCUUGAUUUGUCUAAUAAUAUGAUCUCUGGCGAGUUGCCAGAGACUAUAGGAACCUUGCAGAAUCUUGAGUUUCUUAACCUGUCUGACAAUGCCUUGGCGGGAACCUUACCCUCCAGUCUUCCUACCCUCCAUAAUCUAACUACUGUUUCUUUGAACAACAAUUACUUCUUUGGUGGUCUGCCCAUUGGCUUUCGAGCGGUUCAAGUCUUAGAUCUUUCUUCGAAUCUCAUCAAUGGAUCUCUGCCUCAAGGUUUUGGUGGUAGCAGUCUCCAGUACUUGAACAUCUCUUAUAACAAGCUCUCUGGGCCAAUUCCAACAGAAUUCGCUUCACAAAUCCCUGGUAAUGCCACUAUUGAUAUUUCAUUCAAUAAUCUGUCUGGAGAAAUUCCAGAUUCUAGCAUUUUCUUGAAUCAGAAAGUGAAUUCUUUUAUUGGGAAUCCUGAUCUCUGCGGCGAGCCAUUAAGAAACCCUUGUCCAAUUCUUUCUCCGCCAUCCUCUCUUCCAAAUGUCUCUUCCUCUACUUCUCCUCCGGCAAUCGCUGCAAUUCCAAAAACAAUAGCCUCUAGCCCAGAAACCACCCCACCAGGUCAAGCAGCCGGGUCUCGAGGGCUUAGGGGAGGGACCAUCAUAGGAAUCGUAGUUGGCGACAUUGCAGGGGCUGCAAUUCUUGGCAUGAUUUUCUUCUAUGUGUACCACUUAAAGAAAAGGAAAAACGUCGAAACCACACUCAAGAAAGAGGCCAAUACUGCAAAGGAGGACACCUGGUCAUCUUCCUCCUCAGAAUCAAGAGGGUUCACAAGAUGGUCGUGUUUACGCAAGAGAGGAGAUAACGAAGAAGAAUCCGAUUCCACAAGUUCUGACAACGACGACGACGACCCUAGAAGUCUUGAAAAUCAACGGCCGCAAGAGCAGGAACAAAACAAAGGAGGCACACUAGUAACGGUUGACGGCGAAAAACAGCUCGAGCUUGAAACUUUGCUCAAAGCAUCAGCAUAUAUACUGGGCGCAACUGGCUCAAGCAUAAUGUACAAGGCCAUUCUCGAAGAUGGGACUGCACUUGCGGUUCGUAGAAUAGGUGAGAGCCACGUAGAGCGGUUCAGGGACUUCGAGACACAGGUCCGUGUCAUAGCCAAGUUGGUGCACCCAAAUCUAGUUCGAAUACGGGGCUUCUAUUGGGGGGUCGAUGAGAAGCUCAUCAUCUAUGAUUUCGUCCCCAAUGGCAGCCUCGCCAAUGCUCGUUACAGGAAAGUGGGCUCUUCACCUUGCCAUCUACCAUGGGAGGCCCGGCUCAAGAUUGCCAAAGGGGUGGCCCGUGGCCUGUCGUUCCUCCACGACAAGAAGCAUGUGCAUGGAAACUUGAAGCCCAGUAAUAUUCUUUUGGGUUCUGAUAUGGAGCCAAGGGUUGGAGAUUUUGGGCUUGAGAGGCUCGUGACCGGUGAUUCGAGUUGUAAAUCCUGCGGAUCAACCCGAAACUUUGGAAGCAAAAGGUCUACAGCCUCGCGAGACAGCUUCCAGGACUUCUCACUUGGGCCGAGUCCAAGCCCAAGUCCAAGCUCGAUAGGAGGUCUAUCUCCUUACCAUGCUCCGGAGUUGCUGAGAAGCCUCAAACCCAACCCAAAGUGGGAUGUCUAUUCUUUUGGGGUUAUAUUACUAGAGCUACUAACCGGGAAGGCUAUAGUUGUGGAUGAGUUGGGCCAAGGAUAUAAUGGGCUUGCAGUUGAUGAUAAAAAUCGAGCUAUAAGGAUGGCGGAUGUGGCGAUUCGAGCUGAUGUGGAUGGGAAAGAGGAUGCCGUGCUGGCUUGCUUCAAGUUAGGUUACAGUUGUGCUUCUCCAAUCCCACAAAAAAGGCCAACAAUGAAAGAGGUGCUACAAGUCCUGGAAAAAAUCCCAUCCUCAUCAUCCUCACCACACUUGUAUGGCCACUAAUGAGUAAUAAUUGUAGAGAGAGAGAGAGAGAGAGAGAGAGAGAGAGAUGUAUGUAUCAUUUUAACUUGUUAUAGGUGGUUAUUUGUCUCCAUGUUUGUGUUGUAAUUGUGUGAUAUUUUUUGUGACUAA